AUGACAGAAUCUCAGCCGCCUCUGACCAUAGAAACAGACCACAAACCGACUGAGAGCAUUGCUAGGAAACCACUAAGCAAGGCACCACCAAGACUACAGAGGUUGCUACUAGACGUGCAGCAGUACGCACUGACAAUUACGUACAAGAAGGGCACCGAGUUGGUGACAGCAGACCUACUGAGCAGAGACUGCGUAAAUGUCGAAACAACAGAAGAGUGCACAUCAGACUUGCAAGUCAUGGCAAUAGUGCUGAUGGCACAAGAGACAUGGGAGGAGCUCAAAAGAAACUUCGCCAGAGACGAGGACUUUCAAGCAGUUGUGAAACUAGUCACAGAAGGAUGGCCUAACAACACUCAUGAACUAACCGAACCAACGAAGCUCUACUGGUCAUUCCGAGAUGAGCUUUCUGUCUAUGAAGGCGUCCUGUUCAGAGGAGACCGACUAGUCAUACCUAAGUCAUGGAGAGGCCGGCUGCUCAAACAGAUCCACAUGGGACAUAGUGGCAUAAACAGUUGCCUCAAGAGAGCCAGAGAAACAGUUUACUGGCCAGGCAUGUCUUCAAACAUAAAGGACCAUGUUGAACGGUGCUCCUCGUGCCAAGAGACAGAGAGGAUGCCACAACGUGAGCCACUGCACAUGAAGGAAGUACCAAGUCUCCCAUGGGAAAGAGUUGCAACAGACCUCUGCAGUUUUGAAGGCCAAACCUACAUUGUCAUAGUCGAUAGUUACUCUGGAUACCUGGACUUUAAAGCACUUCCCCAAGCAGCACACAAUAUUGGACCCAUAUUGGCUGGUCAUUGGCGAAACGGGUCCCAUAUUGGACCCGUAUGA